AUGGAUUCCCCAAACGAAGAGGAGGAGUACAGAAUGGCGGAAUACUUAAAGCUGAUAAAAUGCUCCAACAAUGUGGAGUUCAAGACAAACGAGGAAAUAGACGCGCUGGAAAUCUGCAUGGAGAAGUCGAUCAAUUUGAAAAUAAUGCAAUACUUUGUUAACAUAGAGGAGUUAUACUUGAUAAAGAAUAACAUCUCUGAUAUAACCCCCUUGCUGGACUGCACAAAUCUUAGGGUCCUAUUCUUGCAAAUCAAUAAGAUCACCAGCAUCCUAGGGCUGGGGAAGCUGAAGAAGCUGGAGAAACUGAACCUGUUCAGCAAUGAACUGACAGAGAGCGGAAUCGAUCUGAGAGAAAACAAACAGAUUCACUACAUUGACCUCAGCGACAAUGCACUAGAAAGUAUAGACUUCCUCUGGGGCACCAAUUCUUUUGUACACAUCAAUUUGGCCAACAACCGGAUUCGAACCCUGGACCCGCUGCGCAAUAAUACCAACUUGGAGCACCUAAAUGUCAGCGGGAAUAGGCUCGAGCGCUUUGAAGACGUCCAGGCGCUUCUCCUGCUGCCGAACGUUAAGGAGCUAUACCUCAGCUCUAUUUACUACAGAAGCAACACUCUGGUGGGGAGCCUCCUCUACAAGCACUACUUCUGCACCAAUUUUCCAAAUUUACGGAUAUUAGACCACCAGCUGGUGAGCAGCCAGGACAGAAAGCUAACCGCGCGGGACAUGGAAACACUCAAAAGCAUCUCCGACUUUAAGAUGAAUUUUAUCGAAGAAAAAUACAUAAAGGAAAAACACCACCUCCUGUUUAUUAACAACAAAAAUUUAUUUUACUUGAAUGAGGUUCUAUGGCCAAUUCAUUUUUACUUCAACAUGGAGGGGUCUCCAUCCGAUCCUACUACCCAGGGGGAACAUGAGCGAAUGGCAGAGAUAAAACGGGAGGUAUCCUUUUUGCUCAGUGCGUACACCUCCAGAUUUAACUACAUCAUGCGGAGGUUGAAGGAGGAGCGGGACCUGCAGAUAAAAUAUGUCUCCACGGCGAUGAAUUCCUAUUUCAAUAUUUUCUUCCAAGUGGUGACGAAGCAGCACUCAGAGUACACCCAAGUGGAGGACUUAUUGAAGCGGAACUUCAGCGCGGAGUCGCUAAAGAGCUACUUUGUGGAAGACAUAAAAAUUGAAAGCAUCGUAAAGGUGAAGAAGCUCAACCAUGGCUGCCUGGACGCGUUAAUAGAGGACCACCUGAACAGCGUGGUUUAUAAGAAAAAUUUGCUCUUCCUGCACCCGUACAAUUACUGCAAAAUUAACGACCACUUCGAUUUUGACGAGAAGGAGUUUGUGGUGGAGGACCCAGAGAGGAGGAAGUUCUUCGAGAGGAACUUCGUCUGCUCGUGCCGCAGCUUGAGACACGUGUUGAAGACAGCCAUCAGGACGUUCCUCGCAGAAGAUCAGGACGACCUGGUGCACCCGAUUUACCGCAGAAGCAGGGGGGCGGCAACUCCGGCAGGCUCGCCAACCGUGGGAGUCUCCCCCGCCGCGUCCUUCUCGUCCACCGCGUGUGGACAUGCAGCGGACCUAAACCUGAAGAAGAAAAUUGUGCGAAGCAGAAGGUUCGACUUCCCUCCAGUGCGCAUAUACGUGGUGGAGAGUUACUUCUUCCCGAACGAGCACAAAGAGGUCACGGCCUACAGCUCGUCCGGAUGUCGGGAAGAGAAGGAAAAAAAGGAGGAAUCUAAAUUUAAAAUAUAUUACACCAAGCCAAGACACACGAACUUGAAAUUCAUAGUCAACGUCAGUCUGGUGGGUAGCGGCGGCGCGGUGAAUAGCGGUGGAGCCGUGAGUCGCGGCGCAGUGCUGAGCAAGGGAAACUCCCUCACAAGGAUAGGUGCAGAAAAAAGAGGGAAAGAAAUAAAAAAAAACAUCGACAUGGACUUGCUAAAUUGUUUAAAAAUACAAGAGACCGUGGAUACUCCAAAUGGAUCACAUGAAAAGAGAAAACUGAAAAAAGAUUUUUACGAGUGCCUUUUAACUUUCAAUUCGAUUAACUUCUUUUAUGUCACCAAAUAUUUUAUCAAAUUGAGUAAAAUCAUUUGUGAGAUCAAGAAGUGUGUGUCGAUUCUUUUGGCUAGAUUCAAUUUGAAGCACCUGCUUCCCUUGAGUGUCAAAAAUUUCGAGGAUAAAUUGGAAGUGACUUUACCUGAACAUGUUCAUAUAUUGGAGAAGAAGAGGUUGCACCUUGUCCGCCUCCUUAGAGAGUCAUCUACAGGUGGGACUUCCCCCACUGCGCACACUACGUCAGAAGGAGCUACACAGGACGGGGCAGACAGGAGAGCGGACACCGAAAGGGAGGCCUUACACCUUAACAGCUUCCACGUACAGAAACUAAACUUCCCAUUAAUACAGUCCCUUUUUAAAAACUUAAAAGAGUUAUGUCUAGUUAAUAACAACAUCAGCGACUUGAGUGUGUUUUUCCAUUGUGGGGGGCAAGAGGGCAUGGAUUCUUUAGUACACCUCGACCUUUCCUUUAACUCUAUCACGACCCUUGCCCCGAUAUGCAACAAAUUUAGGAAGUUAAUACACUUUGAUAUAUCCUUCAACUGUAUAAGUGAUUACGUCGAAAUUUCCAUCUUCAGUCGGAACCAUAAGGAGGUGCAGUCGCUGUCGUUUGGUGGCAACUCCCUCUAUGUGAAGCCCUCCCACCAGGAGUAUAUCCGGAGGAUUUUCCCCCGCAUCGUAUGGCUCAAUGGGGUGCGCGUGACUUCCAGCGGGGAGUUCCAUUUGGAAGCGCACUCCUCGGUCGAGAGCCCCUGGGGAGAAGGUAAGGCAUCCAGGAAAAAAGCCAUCAUUCCGAAGGAGCCCAAGCGCAGCGACUACCUCAAUAAAGUGGAAGUAGUGAAUAUGUCAAACUUUUACACCCCGCUCCCCAUCUCCGACUUCUCCGUCUUGCCAAACUUGAAAGAAUUAAACCUGGCGAACAACGGAAUGGAGAGUGUAGACGAUCUCAAACUGCCGACCACCUUACGUAAGCUGAAUUUGCGAAACAAUCGAUUGAGAGGAAUCAAUUUUUUAAAAAGCAAUCUAAACAUUGAAGUACUCAUUUUGAACAAGAACGAUCUUGCAAAUAUCGACAUGGUGAACUGCUUGCGAAAGUUAAAGGUACUACGAUGUGCACACAACAAAUUGGAGACGAUCCCGUUAAUGCAAAAUGCAGAGCUGGUCGAGCUAAACAUACACGAUAACGUCAUAAAAGACAUUACCCAUUUGGUUCUGAUGAAAAAAAAAAAGUCUCUAAGGUGUAUUAACAUUUAUAACAACAAAAUAAACUUCCCCAAUUUAGAACUCUACAUUAUGCACACGUUCAGAAAUUUGAUCAUCCUAAAUGGCAACUACAUAUCGAGAGGAGAUCAUGUCGAUUCAUUUUUUAAAAACAUCUACACGGUGAAUGUUUUUCACGAUUUGUAUAACUUGUUUCCUCCGUACACCUCUUUGAGAAGCCUCGAAAUUAAGAACCUAAAAAUUCGAAGCAUCAUGUUUCGCAUCAGCAAUGAGGACUUUCCUAACUUGGAACGCCUGGACUUGUCCAAUAACUUCCUCAGCAGCAUCGCCAACGUGGGUCCGCUGGACGGCCUCAAGGUCCUCCUCCUAAACAACAACAAACAUAUCAUCGACGAGUCCUUCACGGGGCCGGACGGAAGGAACGUACUGAACUGUCUUAAAUCACUGGAGGAACUGGACAUCAGCUCCUGCAUGUUGUGCCGAACGGACUUCCUCAGCAAGUGCACUCAUUUGAAGAACCUGAGGAGCCUCAACCUGGAAGGAAAUAACAUCCACUCAGUGAAGAGUCUCUCCCAUUUGGAGAGUCUCCUCGAUUUAAAUUUGUCAAACAACAAAGUGUCGAAGAUGUGCCCUGAUGCGUUUCCAUCCCAAGUGAAGCGGCUGAGUCUGUCCAACAAUUUGAUCAGGAAUCUGGCCCCACUGCGCACACUGCAAAACUUGGAAACCCUGGACCUCCGUGUUAACCGAAUCGACAACGAAGAGGAGUUCACCUCAUUAAGGGACAUGCACAAAUUGAGAAUUCUGUACCUAAAUGGAAACAGGAAGAUAAAGGAACACUUCCCAAACAUCAGGAAUAUGCUGAAGCAGGUGGAGACGUUUGACGACAAGAUUGUGAGAGAGCAUGACGAGAUCAUGCAGCAUAUGUCAGAGAAGAAGGAAUGGGGCAGAAGCGAUCGGGAGGGAAAUGCGAAGGAGCAACGGGUGGAGGUCCACUCAGCGGCAAAGAAGGAUCCCACUAAGGAGAUCACUAGGAAUAUCAAUAGGGAGGCGCCUAGAAAAGGGGUGGCCCCCGGGGCGCAGACCAAGGUGCAGCGCCCCCCAAAGAAGAAGGACUCCUUUGAUGAGGUAAUUGCAACGAAUGGGAAGGAGGAAAUGAGGCUCGUCCCAGUUUGA